AUGCCUUCAAAUCGCGCAGCAUGGCAAGACGCCGUCGGCAUCCCCCUCUCCAUCCGACAAACCCCCUACCAAACCAACCUAACCCCAACCCAAAUCCUCAUCAAAACCCAAGCAUGGGCCAUAAACCCCGCCGACCACAUCCUCCAGGACAUAUCCCUCCCCUUCGUCAAAUACCCCGUAAUCCUCGGCGAAGACAUCGCCGGAACAAUCGAAGCCCUCGGCAGCGAAGCCAGUGCCCAUUUCCAGAUCCAUGAUCGUGUGCUUGCUUUCGCGCAGGGCGCAACACGGGGAUCAGAUAUGGGCGGGUUCCAGGAGUAUGUCGUCGUGGAUAUGGCGUUUACAUGUGGUAUACCGGGGGGCAUGAGUUUCGCUGAAGCGAGUGUUUUCCCGUUGGGGUUUACGACCGCAGCUCAUGCGUUGUUUAAUAGUAAGACUCUUGCUUUGCCGGGGCCGGAAGUUGAUGUCGUGCCUGGGAGCAUGGGGAAACGAGUGCUUGUAUGGGGUGGUGCGUCUUCUGUUGGUGGGAAUGCGAUUCAAUUAGCCCGUGCGGCGGGAUUGGAAGUUCUUACCACGGCGUCGAAGAAGAAUUUUGAAUUUGUGGGGAAGCUGGGUGCGAGUAUGGUCUUUGAUUAUACUAGUGAGACUGUCGUGGCGGGUAUCGUUUCUGAACUGGAUAAUAGCGGCGUUCCUUGUGUGGGAAUCUUUCAGGCUGCUGGGCACACUGAUUCUCUCGGGCCUUGUUUUGAGAUUGCACAGCGGGUGAAGGGGGAUAUUUUUGUUAUUACGACUUCCCCAUUGCAGGAGGGUGUUGUUCCUGAGGGGGUGAGGGCGAAGAUGUUGCUUGGGGAUAGUCAUGAUGAUAUCCUGGUUAUGUGGAAGGAGUUCUUGCCAAAGGCAUUGAAGGAGGGUAAGUAUAUUGUUGCUCCUGAGCCGCUUGUUGUUGGAACGAGGGGGUUGGAGGGGAUUCAAUUGGGAUAUGAUAUUCUGAGGAAGGGUGUUUCGGCGAGGAAGGUCGUUGUUCUAGCAAAGUAG